GGGUGCGUAUUCGCGACGGUUGUUAUCGUGGGCAGUUUGCGCCGUGAUACGGGCCCAUUUCUGAUGGUGGUUUAUUUGCCUCUCGCUUCUGAAAUAAUAUUAGUGCUUUUUUGUCUUAUACUGAGUACAAAAUAACAUACGCUUAAAGUACAGGCUUGUGUGACCACCCCUCGGAUAAAGUAGUGCGCCAAUCCGCUGAGAGGGAGAGGAGCUCCUGUGGCUACUGCUGUGUGUGUCUGUGGAUUUGCCGUGACGCGGAGACUUGACUGAUGUUUGUGUGCUCAGUGGGGUGAAGGAGAACCGAGGUGUCCACACAAAAGGAAUAGCUCCGAAGAUACAGUUCGGGAUAAAGCACUAUGGAUGAAGAGGAGCAGUUUGUAAACAUUGAUCUGAAUGAUGACAAUAUCUGCAGUGUUUGCAAGCUGGAGACGGAUACAGGGACCUUAUCUUUCUGCCACGUCUGCUUUGAACUGAGCAUUGAAGGUGUUUCCUCUGCCACCCUGUUGCACUCAAAGUCCCUGCGGGGCCACAGAGACUGCUUUGAGAAAUGUCACCUCAUCGCCAACCAGAAACUGUCACGUUCCAAGGUCUCCCGAAGUGCCUACGAGGGCAUGAAGCUGGCCCUCAGCCAGAAACUGAACCGCAUCAUCCAGUACGCCCAGAACAAAGACGCGGUCUCCUCCAGCCUCCCCGCCAGGCGAGGGGCCAAGGUUCUUUGUUACAGCCAGCAGAGCGACUGCAAGCUGCUGCCCCAGUCGGACGCCCAGGUACCCCGCUACGCGCCCCGCUGGGACAUGGGCAAAGCAACGGGCCUGCCCGAUUACACGAUGGGGAUGCUGGAGUGUCACACUGCGGAGGAGCUGGGGCUGGUGCCGGAGUCGCAAUCUGACGUUUGGUCCAGGGACAGCAGGAAAGGUCGACACAGCCAGAGCCAGCCAUCGGGAGGGCAGUCAGGGCACAGACAUCGGGCCCACAACAGAGAUGAAUUGACUAAAAUGAGUUUGGAUGAACUCCACCAGCUGAAUAACCAGCUACUGAUGCAGAUUCAAAAGGUGUUCGAGGAGCUGACGGUUGCUGUGCAGGAGAAGGACUCGUUGGCGUCAGAGCUGCACGUGCGUCACAUCGCUAUCGAGCAGCUCUUUAAGAACUGCGCCAAGCUGCCUUGGCUCCACAUUAGCAGGGCCGGGGUCAAGGCCAACAGCAACAGCGGCCCCGUGGAGUGAGGCAGCGGCAGACCGUCUCCGCUGCUGGGAGCAAGUAGACGAACACUUCAGCCUGCAGGAUGGCUUAAAAAAAAAACUCCUUAAUGUAUACUGAGUGACUUUUGAAACACUAGUUACACUGGGCUGUCAGCUUUGCAUUAGAGCAGCAUUAAGGGCUGUGUCUCCAUUUUCAUGGUUGUGUUGCUGAUGCAAGGAUUAAUGGCGGUUGCAAAAUAAACUGCUGGUCUGACGUUUGACCGCAGGACAGUUGUUAAUGCCAGGUGGCACGGGACACAGCUGGAUUCCUGGUUCUGGGACUCGAUAAGGACGUGGUCUUACAGAAGAAGAUCCUUUUUUUACGUUUUUAUCACGAUGUUAACUGACAAACAUGCAGAAUUUCUCUUAAACAUUUGGAGUUGGUUAUAUGGUGGUUGUUUUUUUGUUUUUUUUUUUCAAUUUGCUCUCCAGCCUUUCAGCUUUAAUUGUUCCAUUACAUUUUUUGUAAAUAUAUUUUCAUUUUUUGUAUCAUGUCAAAUAUGUUUUCUUUCUUUUUUUCCCCACUGUUCUACAUGUCAUUUGAGGGUUUUCUGGAGAAAGCGGUUUUAUAUUUAUAAUGGUGUAAAACCAACAGUAUCUCAUAAUCCUACUGCCAGUCGCAGUAUUUAGUUGCUGUUGUAAUGUAUGUCUCCAGCGAGUUCAGAGUGCUCUAAUUUCACUUAAUAGUUUGUAAAUCACAUAGUUUUAAAGUGGUGGUUACUUCUUCUGGGAACAUAGCAAAGGAUUCUUUAUUUCAUCACAUUUUUGCCACACAGAGUUACAGAUCGGUAUCUGGAAAGGAAACGAACACAAGAAAAUGCAAGACAACCCCCGUAUGAGGUCCUUAGAGAGUAGAAGCUGUGCGGGUUUUUUGUUUAUAGGGGUUAUUGGCGGUUUUGGGUGUGUCCAAGACCGUAUCGUCUGUAACAGCUGGUCGGCAGCAGCACACAGACCUUCUCUGUGGCUUAAUGUGUUAGAGAUUUUGUUUGAAAUUCUGGGUUUAGAGAAUUAUCUAUUAUUGCUGGUGAGAUUUACUUGAUAUUCAGUACUAAGCUGUUUGUUGCCUGGUAUGUAGCUGUCAAGCACAAGUCAUAUGAACGGCUAUACACUGAGUGAGCACUAUCAGUAGAGGAAAAGUUGGAACUAUCGAAAAAGGAAUCAAAGCUGCCAAACCAAAGUCUGCAUUUGUUCUGCUUCACAUGUGAACUACAAGCAUUUGAGCUACGUUUCUAUUAGCAGAUGUAGAUGCAAUACCAAACGGACGUUAAAAUGUCCACGACUCGAACUGAACCAUAGAUUUGUACUCUGAAAGAGUGGACGUUAUUUUUUCUAGAGCAUACGCAUUGUAUGUCUUUCGAUUAGUUUCAAUUAUCUUUCAUGUUCAGUGUUGGCUUUCAUUGCCCUCUCCUGUACAGACGUGUGAGAGCAGUCAUAGCAAUACAAACAGGAUAGUCUGGCCUACUGUGCCUCUGGAGGUCCCUGAACUUUGAAAAAAAAAAAAAAAAUGCUAGGGGUGAUAUUAAAAGUUGUUUUGGUUAGUGAAUUAUUCAGAAGCCCUAUGCAAGAAAGACACAAAUAAAUCAGAAGCCUUACUAAGUAGAAACUAUAUUAAAGAAAAUUGGUUAUCUGAGUUUUUCUCAGAAUAUUACACAACUGCUUGAGCAUACUACGCUUGGGAAACGCGAGUUUAUAAUACAAGUGAUGUUUAGAAAAUCUCAGCAUUGUCAGUGUAUCUCUUUUGCUCUCUUUGUAAGAGAUUAGAUGUAUUUGACCCUUUUAGGGUUUAAAGAAAGUUUUAGCUCCAUUUUAAACUUUUGUCAUGGUUUCAUUUGGAAAAGUGUAUUAAGUGUGCUUGAGUGUUAGAUUAUCGGUCCAUAAUGCAAAUCUCCAGUCACUAAAUCUUCAGCUGUGUGGUUUUUACUUUUACUUAUGAAUGCUGCGUAUUUUUGUAUCCUGUGGAAACAUGCCUGAGCCUGUGCCUGCGCUUAGCAAGAAAUUCAGGCUGCCUCUUUUUGUUUGUUUUGGCGAUCUCAUUAUCUUUUACCGGAGAUGUGAGCGUACCUGUUACACUUUCACCUCCAUUCUUAAGGCUCGACUCUUCAUUCAUUUGUUUUCUAAUUCUGAGCAAGGCGGUCAUUUGUGUUGUUUGAUGUUUUACAUUCUAUUUAUUGUGUGUUUAUGGACCCACUGGCUGUGUGAUUUGUGCUAACGUGACAGGCUGUAAUUGUUUUUUUCUUUUGUAAAAUAAAAAGAAAUUAUUUUUCCUAGA